GUAGUGGGGCAAAGCAGUGGCAUUGCGUGGUUUGCUGGUGCCCAGGGUGCCUGCCACGGGGGCAGGGGGCAGAGGGUGAACACCACCACCCAUGCAGGGAGGAGCCCAGCUAGCCGACACAACAUCUCCUUAUCUAGACUUGCAGGAUUCCUUGCCCUGAACUGAGUAACUGCAGAUCAAAGGUCGAAGGCCCUUCCCUUGGUAUGAAGUAAUGUGGUGGGGCAAAGUUUAGCCUGGCCUGUUCAGGAAAUACCUGGGUUUGCUUUGCUACCUGUGUACACACGCUAAGGGGUUAAAUUAUCUAGGGUGGAGACUGAGCCAAAGCAUACAAGAAAAUUCAGCUGGGGAAGCACAUGCAAUUCCUGGGUCAUGAACUAACUUCGGGAAACAAGAAGAAGACAGAAGAAAGGAGAGAAGUGCAGCUGUCUGAGCAGAGAGCUGGUGAUGGAACUUGAAUCAGGACCAGGAGAUCUUGGCCCCACGCCUCCCAAGCGCACAACCCUGGAGGAGAUUGAAGGGGUCCUUUUCCCCAGCAUAUUAUGCAAGCACUGGAGUACCAUACAGGGCUUUAAAGCCCGCCCUGACGACCUUCUGAUCUGCACUUACCCUAAAGCAGGGACCACCUGGAUCCAGCAAAUAGUGAGCAUGGUUCAGCAUAAAGGUGACCUGGAGAAAUGUAAUCAGAAACCCAUCUAUGAGCGGAUGCCCUUCAUAGAGAUGCCCCCUAUAAAACCUUUUCUUUCUGGUGUUGAACAGGCAGAGCUGAUGCCCUCUCCACGUAUACUCAAAAGUCACCUCCCGGUUCAGCUCCUUCCCCCUUCUUUUUGGGAACAGAAAUGCAAGGUCAUUUAUGUGGCCAGAAAUGCCAAGGACAAUGUGGUCUCCUAUUUCCAUUUCCACCACAUGAGCAAGAUAAUGGCAGAGACUGGAACAUGGAAUGAGUUCCUGGAGAAUUUCAUUGCUGGGAAGGUUGCCUGGGGCUCUUGGUCUGAUCAUGUUCGUGGUUGGUGGGAGGCCAAGGACUGUCACCCAGUCCUCUACCUCUUUUAUGAAGAUAUGAAAGAGGACCCAGCCCGGGAAAUCCGAAAAGUGGUCCAAUUUAUGGGCCUAGAACUCCCAGAAUCAGUUCUGAACCAGAUUGUGCAGCACACAAAGUUUGAGAGCAUGAAAGCAAACCCGAUGGCUAAUUACAGCACCAUGCCCUCCUUUCUCAUGGACCAUACUGUGUCACCCUUCAUGAGAAAAGGCACUGUCGGAAACUGGAAGAAGCACUUCACAGUCGCUCAGAGUGAAUGGCUAGAUGACGCCUGCGCUCAGUUACUGAAGGGCAGCGGCCUGAACUUUCGCACAGAGCUAUAAACACACCUCUAUGCCCCACAUCAGGACCUUCACAACAACAGGCCUGGAGUGCUGACUUGAUCUGCAUUCAGUACAAUACAGGACUGAAGCCACAAGCAAGGCCCACCCAAAGUGAUUUUUGUGGGCAUGGUUCCUAUUCCAUUUUAGAAUAUGUGGCUGUCCUUUGUUUGCUUUUGCAAAGUAAAUAAACAAACAGGCUUGCUCUGUUGCCAUGCUUGCU